UAAGGCAUCCAUCAGCCAAAGCUGCCUAAAGUUUCCACUUAAUGUUCUAAUUUAUAUAUCCUUCCACUUCUCCUCAUUCUGCCUCCUUCGACAGGCUUAUCCCCGCAGCCACACGCCACCUUCUCUCCUCCUCUCCCCUUAACACCAAUCGAGUCUAUUCACGAUGGCUCCCAACAGUGAGAACGCCAUGGCCCGGUUUCUUCUAGCCAUUCUAAACCAGAAGAACCUUAAGGACAUCGACUGGAAUCAAGUCGCCUCAGACCCUGUUCUCAUCGAACCCAUCACAAAUGGACAUGCUGCAAGGAUGCGCUUUGCUCGUUUCAAAACCACAGUCUUAGGCACCCAACCGCAGAAGAGAACUCGUCCUGCCGGCCCUGCAGACAAGUCUCGGGUGACGAAAGCAAGGAAGACGCAACAACCCAAGAAGGACAGCAUCGGCAAUUCUGAGUCAGGUUCGAGCGUCUCAUCGUAUGCUCAGGUUCGCCAGAGCCCUAUCAUCAAGCAAGAACAGAACCAACAUGCAUACAUGGCACAGUUCUCUCCCGCCUCUACUUCCUCUCCUUUCCUCAACGACAACUUGGACGACUUUGGUUGCAGUUCUCGAUUCCUCACCCCUUGCAGUGAUGAUAUGCCACAAGGGCUCUCCAUCAAUCCCGCUUCACUCGAAGACACCAGACAGCGAAAUGGAUUUGGUCCUUCGAUGGAUUGCCCCCCUGACUUCAUGGCCCAACCAGCGAUCCAUGACUUCAUGACCAUGGGGCAGUCCCAUUUUCAUACGUUUGACGUCGCCUGUAAUGAGACAUCUUACAACUCUGCGCUCGGCGAUGCACAGAGCCCAGCUGCCCUUGAUCUCAAUGGCGCUCCUCCCAUGCCAGACUGCAGCUCUGAAUGGCCUGACCAUUUCAACGACACUUCCUUUUGAUACCCACACGGAAAACAUGGAAACCCCACGAACAGAGGGUCGCUUGUGUACAAAAUGGUGAUUUGCUAGACUGCGUUUGCUUUAUGAAUUAAUGACAAUGGUUUCGUCGAUAUGGUUGCUUUUCCUAUUUCCUUCUGUCAGGGUUUUGCUUUACACAAGUUCCAACUUUGAUCCAACAAAGACGACUGUCAUAAGUCUCUACUAGGAUCAACAUCAAGUUAAAGAUGAAAAGAAUGCUAGUUACCGGAAGUCUGCUUUACUGGAACUUAUAUGUUGCUCUGGAAGUUGUAUACUAGCCUUUUUAUUCGCAGUCUAAUUCAGAGAAUCAUUUAUGGA